GUAAUAAAAAUGGCGCUGUUGAGCAGUUUACGAUAAACAUACGUUUGCAGUGUGUACUUUAUUGAUGUAAUUAUUUUGUUGUGAUUUAUAGUAAAUUGUAUUAUUAGGAAGUGAUACCAUAUCGUGGACUAAUGAGUUUAUUGACCGAUGUCUGCCGUGGCUCCCAAUAUCCCCGGGGCUGACCCAGCAAAGGAUAUACAAAAGCGCCGUGCUGGCAGUAUUGGAUCCGAUGAAGACGACGCAAGUGGGGGGAAGUACACAAGGAUGGAGGAGGACAAUAUUCAAGACAAAGAGAGGUUUGCAAGCCGCGAGAACCACUGUGAGAUUGAACGACGGCGAAGAAACAAGAUGACGGCGUACAUAACAGAGUUGUCGGAUAUGGUGCCAACAUGCUCCGCGCUGGCACGCAAGCCCGACAAGCUCACCAUACUGCGUAUGGCAGUAGCUCAUAUGAAAGCAUUGAGAGGCACGGGCAAUACUUCCACGGAUGGCACAUACAAGCCAUCGUUUUUGACUGACCAAGAACUCAAGCAUUUAAUCCUUGAAGCGGCAGACGGAUUCCUGUUCGUUGUUAGUUGUGAUUCUGGUCGCGUCAUUUACGUCAGCGACAGUAUAGCUCCAGUACUUAAUUAUUCUCAGGGAGAAUGGUAUUCCUCAUCUUUUUAUGACCAUGUGCAUCCAGAGGAUACCGAGAAGGUUCGAGAGCAGUUGAGCACUCAGGAACCACAAAAUACAGGACGCAUUUUAGAUCUGAAAACCGGAACGGUGAAGAAAGAAGGACAUCAAUCGUCCAUGCGGCAGGUGAUGGGCUCGCGGCGCGGCUUCAUCUGCCGCAUGCGCGUGGGCGGCUCGGCCGAGGGCGCGCACCUCGGCCGCCUGCGCGCGCGCAACUCGCUGGGGCCCUCGCACGACGGACACAACUACGCGGUCGUCCACUGCACCGGCUACAUCAAGAACUGGCCGCCUACAGACUUGUUUCCAGGCAUGCAGAUGGACCGGCCGGUCGACGACGAGCUGCACGCGUCUCAUUGUUGCCUCGUGGCCAUCGGACGACUACAGGUGACUUCGACCCCGAACGCGGCCGAGGGUAGCCUAUGCAGCGGUGGGGUGGAGUUCGUGUCGCGGCACGCGGUCGACGGCCGGUUCACGUUCGCGGACCAGCGCGCGGCGCAGGUGCUUGGCUACGCGCCCGCCGACCUGCUCGGCAAACUAUGCUACGAGUUCUACCACCCGGAGGACCAACAGCAUAUGAGGGACAACUUCGAUCAAGUAUUAAAAUUGAAAGGCCAGAUCAUAUCCCUCAUGUACCGGUUUCGUACCAAAACCAGGGAUUGGAUAUGGCUGAGGACGUCAGCCUUCGCCUUUUUGAAUCCGUACAACGACGAUGUUGAAUAUAUUGUCUGCACAAACACGCUAGCAAACCGGUCGCUGGGCAGCGCGAGCGGCGAGGCGCCGCCGGAGGAGAACUACGACUACCACUUGCGGCACCGCGACGUGUACCAGGCCGCGCAGCCCGUGCUGCACCAGCAACACCAUGCACCGCCUGCCGGCAGCGUGGGUAUGGGCGCGGCGGGCGCGCGGUCGCCGGGCGCGGCGCCGGCGGCGGGCGCGGGCUACGCGCCGCACUACGCGCCCGACUACUCGCCGCACCGCGUCGCCAACACGCCGCCCGUCACCACCUGGACCACGCUCCGACCCAGCGGCGGCGCCGGCGGCGAGAGCUACGCGUACAGCGGCGAGGCGCCCGCGACGGGCCCCGCGCCCGCGGCCGACGGCUCGCCCGCGCGCUCCCCGCCCGCGCCCGCCUACCUGCCGCCCGCGCACUACCACCACAACCACCACCCGCACCCGGCGCACGGUCAGUAUACACGUACAGCGGCCGACAGCUCGCCCGCGCACUACCACCACAACCACCACCCGCACCCGGCGCACGGUAUGUGGUCGUGGCAGGGCGGCGGUGCGGGCGCGCCGGGCACGGGUGAGAGCGCGGCGCCGCACGAGCUGUCGGACAUGCUGCAGAUCCUCGACCAGAGCGGCGGCGCCGCCUUUGAGGACCUCAACAUCAACAUGUUCAACUCCAACUUCGAAUAGCGCCACGGUUCCCAAGGUUGCCGCCCCGCUUGGUCGCGCGACGCUGCCCCUGUUCGAUCCCUGAUCGACCGUACUGCCGGAGACAACUGAACUAUCGAUGGCGCACGAAUUCGAAAGACGUGUCGCAGAUUUACUAGAGGACGCGGCUUCCGGUGACUCAUAGUCAAUCAUCGACCGCGGUUGACAUCAGUCCAGCGUCUGUUAGUUUCGGUUGCCUGCGGUAGCACGAGACCCGAGCGCUUCCCGCGUCCGCGACUUAGCGUGUUGAUAAUUUAUCUAGAGCUUUAUCGCGGGAUGAUAUAGCUUUCAACAAAUGGCAACCUACUGUACAAAUCAUGUACCUUACUUUGUAAAAAAAACAAAUUCACUAUACUCUUCUUUGACGCUAUUUUAUAUUUGCGAAUAAGAUUGUGGAGACUAAUUAGGUAUUGUGUUAUCGACUUAUUGAUUGAUGGGCUAAAAGGUAGAGCGAUGGAUCGGCAGCUAGUUACUUAGCAUACGUAUAUAUUUUUAUGUAAUAAAGUAAAUAAAUAAAAACAUAGGUUAAGGAUAGACAUUUAUAUGAUAGCAAUACGAUGAACCUUUUUUCUUAUGCAUUUUAGACAUUUAAUUUUUAAGAAC